AUGUGUGGUAGUAUCGGUCCUCAACAGUCGCACCUACCUCCAUCAGCUGAAGGUCACGUUUCUCCUCUCUCCUUCCUGUGCAACGGUUCUGCUCGCGAUGAUCCCCCUCACUACUCUUUCUACACCUACGUGAACUCUCAAUUAGUUUGCCGUGACGCCACAGUGAUACGUAAUGUAGUACGGGAAGACAUUCUGAUGAGUGGACAUGCGUCUCGUUCCUUACAGUACCACAAUGUCUGGUUGUUAAGGGUAGGGCCUGCACCUCUCUUGUCGCUGAAAUUUUUCACCUCGUCCAUAGCGCUGCAUCUUACCAUGGAACCUCUUGUUGCCAUCGGUCUGGUAUCGAAUAUUUUCCAACUCGUAGAAGUUGGUCGUCAUGUUGCAACCAUUGCAAACGAUAUCCGGAGGUCACACAGCGGUUUCUCUGGCGAAGCGCUUCGGCUGCGGGAGAGUGCUGCGAUCGUGAAAGAGAACUUGAAGAAAGCGACAUCUUCUUCGGCGCAAGACACGGAACAAACCGAAUUUCACAACUAUGCGAAACGCAUGCAAAUAUGUAUGGAUGCAUACAUUUCCAAGGUGGAAAACCUGCGAGAGAAACAGUUGAAUAGCCGUGGUCCUCGCUACUGGACAAUCUGCAAGGCUACGAUUACAAUGUGGUGGAAGGAAGCUGAGUUGCGCGAGGCGUUGGAGGACAUAAAAGCAAUUGAGUCGAAAAUUACGGCACAUAUCAUUGCAGUCUACGUCCCAGCAAUGAAUUUGAGCAUGAAAGAUUUUCUCGAGCAAGGUGCUCAAUCAGAUACCGAUCUUUUACAUAAAAUGGAGGAGUUGCGAAAAUUGGUCCAAGUGAACAUGGAUUCUGCCGACAAGACCACUGCGGAGAUAUACAAGGCCAUACAGGACUGGUUUACGCGUCGGGAAAACGGAAAAACACAGCGAAGGUGUCUAAACAAACUUUGCUUCCCAGAGAUUUGGAGUCGAUGCGAUUUAGUGGCAGAUGCUCACAAAAAGACUUUCGCAUGGAUCUUGGAGUCGCAAGAUUCUCUGAGUGAGGGCCAGAAGGAGUCGAACUUCAGAAAAUGGCUGGCUUGCAAGGAUAGGAAUGCGAAUAUAUUCUGGGUUUCAGGCAAGCCUGGAGCAGGCAAAAGCACGCUGAUGAAGUUCCUCGCAAAUCAGGAACAUCGGGUUUUAACCCACCUCCAGGAAUGGGCCGGUACUCGGAGAAUUGAUCUAAUCAAAGACUACUUCUGGAAGCAGGGCUCGCCAAUACAGCAAUCGCUGGAAGGUUUACUUCGAUCAAUAUUGUUUCAAAUUUUGUUGAAUCAUCCUUACAUGAUCAACAUUGCCUUUCCAGGAGCCGAGUGGUUAUAUGGUGGUUCAGAUGUCAAGUUCUCAGUAUCAUCACUGAAGGCCGCAUUGCCACGUAUAUUGGAGAUGGCUGAGAGUCGUGGCAUACAUUUCAUGUUUCUGAUCGACGGUAUGGAUGAGUUCGACGAUAAUCCAAAGCCGAGUAAAGAAACAGGCGACCCCGAUGAACUGAUGAAGUUUCUCCAACAAUUUCGGGCCAGACUGAACGUAAAGGUAUGCGUAUCUAGCCGUCCAUACAACGCUUUCAUUGAAGAGUUCGGAAAGAACCAAGAAUGUUGGAUCCGUAUCGAAAAUCUCACCCGAGACGACAUCCGGGCAUACAUCCAUGAGGAACUGGAACAGAAAGAGAUUUUUCGUCGUCUGUCCCAUGAUGAUGAUACAGAUUACGCCGAACUAGUACGAGAGAUGAUCGACUCAGCUCAAGGCGUUUUCCUUUGGGUGCACUUAGUCUUGAAGGAUCUUUCGAGGGCUUUGCUUGACGGAGCAGAAUUCACUGGACUUCAAGAACAUUUGCGUAGAAUGCCACAGGAGCUCGAAGACCUUUAUAGACACCUACUUGCCAGUCCGCGUCUUCUUGCAAACGAUGAUGCUAUCAUGCUGUUGCUUUCCAUGAUACAUCUUGCAGAAACUCGUCCGAAUCUUGAGCUCGGAACGCCGCCCUUGAUACACGCCUUUAUGAAUCCGAGAAGAAUUGAACCCCAUAUGAGGGAAAACAAGUGCAGUCUAGACUACUUUGAAAAGCUCCACGACAAGAUGAUUCGCUUAGCAAAUGCCUAUUUUGCAGGUCUCUUAGACUACUGUCCAUGGCCUAGGUACAACCCCGAACGCAGACUUUUUGCCUCAGGAUUCGUAUUCAGUCAUCGAACUGUAUGGGAUUACUUGUCUCGCAAAGCAACAGUCGCGCACCUGUAUGCUAAAAUCGACUACACGUGGGACGAUUUCGAAACCUGCUUCCUACAUGGAUUGAUUGUAACGUUGCAAAUGUCCAUCUGUCUAUGCAGCGAAAAAGCCUAUCACGACGGAAUAUAUGAUCUGUGGCAAUUGGUAGGCCUCACAACGUAUCAAUUGUUGGAAAAUAUAGAUCCAGAUCGAGACUGGAAUCUGAUAAAGCACCUCAACUCCCUAAUUUGCGCACGAAUCCCUAACAACGACGAGUGGUCGAGUCUCUUGGCCCUGAUGAUGAUGCGUAUAGAUCAUAAGGAUCUGUGUACAACCCAUGAUGAUUCAUUCACGUUCGAUCACGUCAUCUACUAUGUUGCCUGUUUUGAUAAAAACGAGUGGAUAUUACAAAGGCUUCUCCGCGAAGAACCUGGCCUGGCAGCAUCCGCAUCCCGAUUGAUGUACCUUACUUGUAUGAGACGUGUGCUUAAGAUGGAAAGGAUGCAAAUUCUUUUCGAUGCUGGGGCCAAUCCAAAUCAGGACUUCAAGGGCGUCACACCAUGGAAACAAAUCUUGGUUACUGCGUACCAGAAUAUCAAUCGUUGCGUCAAGCGAGAUGGGGAAUUUUCCGAAGAGGAUUUGCCGCUACUUCAUAGGGUUGGAGCUAUUCUUGAACUGUUCCUUCGUCGUGGAGUAGAUGUGGGGGGUUCAUGCGCUUUGAUAUGCGGACCUACUGGUAUGCCGGCAUCUAUCCGCAUUUCCCGCGGACAGUUGUCUGAAUGGGAUGUGAAAUUCACGGCCCCUACCAAAUCAUUAUUUUAUGAUAUCGUCCGCCGGUUUCGAAGGAGCAACACGGAACCAUCUGGCCUGAACUCUGUUGACCUCGCUGAGUUAGAGAAUGGACAAGUUGAGGACAUUGCGGACAUUGUGGAGCGAGCAAGGAACAUAUUUUGGGAGGAACGUAGGAAGAAACUCAAAGAGAAGAAAGAGCAGUGCGGAUGA